AUGUCCUCCGCCGACGCCCCAGACUCCGCCAUCGAGGCUCGUGUCGCCGACAAGCUCAAGAACCUCGCGCCCACUCCUGAGCCCAAGGACGACUCCAAGGCUGGCGCAUCCUCAGCCCUCGGCCAACAGCUUCGCUCUUUCGCGGCAGGUGGUUUCGGUGGUCUUUGCGCUGUUGUCGUGGGCCAUCCUUUCGACCUGGUCAAAGUCCGUCUACAAACCGCCGAGCGAGGCGUUUACUCCUCCGCUGUUGAUGUGGUGCGCAAGAGCAUUGCUCGUGAUGGUUUGAGACGAGGCCUUUACGCUGGCGUGAGCGCUCCUCUCGUCGGCGUCACCCCCAUGUUCGCUGUCUCUUUCUGGGGUUACGACCUCGGCAAGCAAAUCGUCCGUGGGGUUGGCGAAGUCCCCGCUGAGGGCCUCUCGAUCGCCCAGAUCUCAACCGCCGGUUUCAUCUCCGCCAUUCCCAUGACGGCCAUCACCGCCCCCUUCGAGCGCAUCAAGGUCAUCCUGCAGGUCCAGGGCCAGAAGCAGCUUGCCCCUGGCGAGAAGCCCAAGUACAACGGCGGCGUCGACGUUGUCCGCCAGCUGUACAAGGAGGGUGGAAUCCGCAGUGUCUUCCGCGGCAGCGCCGCUACCCUCGCCCGUGACGGACCUGGUUCCGCUGCCUACUUCGCCGCCUACGAGUACAUCAAGCGCAAGAUGACGCCUGUUGAUCCUAUCACUGGAAAGCCCAGCGGCCAGCUCAGUCUCACAGCUAUCACAUGCGCCGGAGCAGCUGCCGGAGUCGCAAUGUGGAUCCCCGUCUUCCCCAUCGACACCGUCAAGUCCCGCCUUCAAACCUCAGAGGGCAACGUCACUGUCGGCAGCAUUGUUCGCGAGCUGUACGGCAAGGGCGGCGUCAAGGCCUUCUUCCCUGGUUUCGGUCCCGCUCUUGCUCGUGCCGUGCCCGCCAAUGCCGCAACUUUCCUAGGUGUUGAGCUGGCUCAUCAGGCCAUGAACAAGGCUUUCAACUAA